ACGUUUUCGUAUCAAUAUGAUCGCCGACCGUGAGUUGUAGUCUACGGGCUUCGAUGUAGUUGUAAACGGUCGAUAUAAUACACGGGACAGCGCCUGCGGGUUGGGAUAUUGACCACAUCGCGGGCCUUUGUUCAUUGCACCCGCGAAUAAGACGUAGCCACGUAAGUAAACGUAUUCUUUACUUUAUCAAGAAUGCACCGACCGUGACGCGGUAUGUGGUUUCCGACUUGCCGCCACGUGUGGUAUCGUACACGCACAACGCGUGCGGUAACGUGUGGUAUACUAGAAGCGCGUACUGGAUGCCAUCAUAUUUGUAGCGUCCCGUCCUCGCCGCCACCACCAUUCGGCAUUCGUCAAUCAUUAUACAGUAGUGUACGCCGCCGCAAACAGUAAGUCAUUCUGGACGACGUUUGAGUCUGUAGAACGUGUAUUUUUUGUUUCCAGUUUUUAUUUUUUUUUUAUACCCGCGUUCGCCCCGGCAUUGCAGCUUCGUUGCUCGUCGACGUUCACUCGUUCAUCACUUAUUAGCCGCCAUUCAGCGAACCGCUCGUCCGCCUACAUAUUUCGAUAUAGGUAGCCAUUGGACCAGCUCCAACGGAAAAGUUUUGCCCGGUGCACGUCGUUGCCGUCGUUUCGUUUACAACGCUUUGAUUGUUCGUGUACGAAGUUUUCACAAGUGUACGACCACAAGACGUGCUAUAUUGUAUAGUUUUGAACAUAAUAUAUAUAUAUAUAUAUAUAAGAAAAGUAUCAGAUAAGAUGGGUCUCUGUUUUGUUUGUGACGAAGAAUUGGAAGGACGUUAUAUAAGAUUAGCCACUACUCGAACACCAUAUGGUAAUGAGUUACUUCUAGAAAAAAUUGCUGGGGUCCUUGGAGAAGAGUUUGUUGUUGUUGUCAAUAAUGACGAUCUUGCGUGCAAUAACUGUGCAUCGCAAUUAAAUCAGAUUGACAAGUUAGAAAUGGAUUUGAAACUUGUUAAAAAUGCAAUGUUGUCAUGCAUAAGGAAAAAACACGGAAUAAUAGUUGCUGAUGAGGAUGUUGAGGCUAUCAUAAUGGACAAGGAAUAUUUGAAGGAUGUCGAUUCGUCUAAAGUUUCAAAUCCUUUGAAAAUGAGCGGACCUCCUAACCUUCUUAUUCAACAGGUUAAGAGACCAAUUAGAUUUUUAAAUGCACGUCCUAGACCACAACAAGUAAUUACACCACAAGUAUCUACAUCACAACAAGUACCGAGGCCACAACAAGCACCAAGACUGCAACAAGUAUCAAGGCAGCAACAAGUACCGAGGCCACAAGUACCAAGACUGCAACAAGUAUCAAGGCAGCAACAAGUACCGAGGCUACAACAAGUACCAAGGCCACAACCAUCAAAGGAACAGUUAUUGGUAAUGCCGCCACACCAAGUACAGAGCUCACAGCUACUACUGAAUCAGCAACAAAUUAAAAAACAACAAAAUGGUGCUAACAGUUUAAAAAUACACAAAUCAGAUGCAGAUGCACAUGUUCAAAAUCGCGUGCCUCAAUCAAAUAAAAUAGAAUCGGGGAAACCUAUCAAAAUCAAUCAAAAUGCUGUUAAAAUAUCAACUCCGGUACCGCAAAAGAAGAAUACAUCAAUUUUUAGAUGCCAAAUAUGUGCCAAAGCUUUUGACAGUAGGGGGCGUUGUAUUGAACACAUUCAAAAAGAUCAUAAAAAGCCAACUUUAAAUAAGUUGGAAAAAAAAAUAGAAAAAUCUGGUCCAAGUACUUCCAAUCUCAUAAAAGUUAUUUCUAAGUCGAAGUCUCAUUCAACUAAUCAUAAAGUGGAGUCUCCUAUGAAUGAUAAUCAACUGAAUAAAAAAUGUACUGUAGAUAUUGAUAUGCCGUUGAAAGACAGUGUGCUUGUUGAAAAAUCUGAAGAAGAAAAGAAAACUGAAAGUACAGGGGAAGGUGGAGAAAUUGAAAACUCAGAAAGUUUAGAUUGUAAAAGAAGCUGAAACUCUUAGAAAAAUUAAACAGAUAAAAAAAGAAUUCACUGAAAAAAAAUAUGAUACAGAAAAACCUCAUUAAGAAAGUUAUUCAAGUUGAAACUUUAAUGUUGAGAAAAAGUUGAUAAAAAACAUUGACAAUUUGGAAAAUAAAAAAAAUAAAACUUGGACAUAGAUUCAAUGUUGACUGUAAUCCAUUUUGAAAAUCCUAUCAACAACAGGAAU